CGAUCUUUAUUUUUUGGACAGUUAGGAUGAAUUUAGUUUUUCAUCUUUACAAUUUAUACCUUAAUUAAUAUCUGUCCGCUUUUGGAUCUACACUGCCUUUACUUCUUGAAACUACCGUCCUUUAUCUUUACUCUGCAACAUCCAUCCACUUACUCAUCUUCCAUCUAAAAUCAUCAAAAUUCAUGUCCUAAUUUCAGCUACUCCACAAUAUAAUACAUCUCCACACUCAAUUUCCUGCCGCCUCAUCACAAGAUAUACAAGGUAAGCAUGACUAAAAUAUUCAAUUUUAUGACUAUUUACAAAUUUAAUCCGGAUUAUUCUAAUUCUUACUGUUUGUUGGGAGAUUUUCCUUAAGAAAAUGGGGAUCUUAUUUCUACCCAUGAAUUUGAAGAGAAUUACUCAUUUUUAGAGGAAUUUAUGUUUUAUGACUGAAAUUGCAAUGAAGGAUAACUGUUUCCUUAGUCUGCAAAUGCCGUUUUUUUGCUCCAGUGUAUAUCACACGUUUAACUUCAGUAACACACCAAUUAAUUUGUGGAGUACUUCUUUUAACUUUUGAGAAGAAAAUGUCUUUGAAGGAUAUGAUGAAUUUUUUAUAUUUUAGCUUCUCUAUACAAAGAAAGAAUACAGAAAAGGAAUAAUAUUUCAGAAGAUAGCUUAUUAAAUAACAGAUCAUACAAUUAUUACAUAGAUAGCUUAUUAGCAAUAACAAUUCAUACAAUAUAAUAAUACAUAAAAAUCAAUUUAUAAUCACAUACAAAAACUUACAAUAAUACAAAAACGAUGGAUUCUUCACAAUUACUUGACUGUUUUAGAAUACAUAGAGAUGGAAAUGUUGCUACUGCAACAUAAAUAGCAGAUACUACUCAUUACAAUACAAAGAUCAAAUAUCAGUAACGUGCAAGUCUUGUAAUGAUAUCGAGUGAUAGUCAAUUGGUGCCUGCAAUACAUCAAUAGUAUAAACUUAUAAUUACCAGUCUUAAAAAGAUUAAAUUGUAGUGAAAAAACUAACCAUUAGCAACUGAGUAAAACUAAUUUCAGGAGGAGGCCCUGUCUUUGUGGAGCAAGAUAUUCCAAUAUGUGAUUUCUGUUAUUCACACAAAUAUAAAAAUGAGACAAAUCUAUAUGAAAAGUUGAUAAUAACAAAUAAAUUUGCUUACUUUAGUUGAUGCGACUUUUUUCUUCCUCUUUUUAUUUGCUUCAAGACAACUCUUAUGACGCCUUUUGUUGUUUGCGCCAAAUUUUUGCUUGAACCCCGCUAUUGUUUGGGUGCAUUGAGGUGUGGAAAUGACAUUAACAUCAACAUUACCACUCGGGCUUGAACAAUUUUUUGUCAAAUGAAGGUCCAUGAGUCGCCGUUCUAAAUCAGACAUUACGGUCAACAUCAUGGCAGUACCUUCCUUAGACUUGCUUGCCUCGGAAGAUAUACGUAUAGAGCCCACGAAUUACAGAAGGGAGACGGAGACUCCAGUCUUCUCUCUUCAGCCCGACUUCCCCUGCUUGGCCUCACUCGGUCACCCUGCAAUUCAGCGCUUCGGCCAAUCGACCCUUCUCACUUUCAGGCAUCACGCUUCAAAAGCUUGAAGAGCCGAUUGCAAGCUCUGAUUCUGUGAAGCGAAUUCACUGUCCAGCCUGGUGCAGCGUAAUCAGUGGGAGAACUCCUGAAGCGCAGACUCUAAACCCAAUAUUCAAAGUUUUAUACUACAUAUUUCUUAUCAAACCCUAAUACUUGAGUAUGGAUUCCACUGUUAAGAAAUGUCAGCAGAGGUUCAGAAAAUUGAAGGAUGAGACUGAUAGGUGGGAGGAGCUUCAAACUAGACUGCUUUCCCAAUUUACUAAUGCCUCAUCCAUCAUCCAGAGGUUGCAGGUGAUUCAAAAUUCCCAAAACUAUGGUGCAUUGAAAUGCAUUCAAGGUAUUGAAAAUGCUGUAUUGGCAAAACAGUUGGAUUCUCUGCAAACAAUUCUCUUUUCUAUGAACAAGACACUGGAAGAAUUUCAUUCCAUUGUUUUAUCUUUAGAGAAGAUUGUUCGUGUUUGUAGACAGCAAGUAAAAUCUGGACUGGCCCAACCAACUAUGAAACAGUUGCAGAAACGAAUUGGCAUCAAACCAAGUCUUGCAGAUUGCUUAGAUGGGCUUAGUAUUCUUUGUGAGAUGCACCGAUCAGAGUACUGUCUUAAAUCUUCCGUGUUAUCUGCAACUUCAACAAUUGCCUUUAAACCCAGUGUGGCUAAUGAUUUAAGUCUCUUCCAGCAGCUUUUGAUAGAUCAGCCUAAUAUCCCUAAAGAUGAAGUACAAUUUGUAUUUGAUGUCAUUUUUGCUGAAGACAUCUAUUAAUGCUUAUAACUCUGGAGAGGUGCGAAACGUCUUGAGAUUGGACCUCAAGCGAACGAGUUAGUGUCAAAAUUAGCUUGAGCAUUGACGGCACUAAAGUCUUUGUGUGCCUCAAAAUAAAAUCAAAUACUCGCACUAAUAUGGUAGUAUAUUGUAGUAAGGUUCGUAUUCAUAAGGAUUUUUAAGAUUGUUUGAAUUUAAAAAUAUUUUAACACUAAUAUGAAUAAAUUAUGUGAUUUAAGAUGUUUUUACUUGGAUUGAAA